AGCAAAUGAAAUGGAUGAGGAGGAUGAAAUUGACGAAGAGGAGGAUGAAGAAAAAGAAAAAAACAAAGUUAACGAACACAAGGUGGAGAAUAACAUAAAGGAGGAGCAGGAAAAAGAUGUACCCAAGGAAGAUCAGGACAAAGAAGUCGACCAGGAGGAGGAGCAUAUAUACAUAGACAAAGAGGAAGAGUUCAACAAAGACUGGGAAGAGAAAGAAGUAAACAAAGAGGACGAAGAGGAGAACAAAGAAGCAGAUGAGAAGGAGGACAAAGUAGACAAGGAGGUGAAAAGUGAAGAACUAGAGGAAGAGGAUAGUGUAGAUACAGGGGAGGUGGGUGAAGAUGUAGAAGAAGAGGAAGAGGAAGAAGCGGAUAGGGGGGAAGAAGCAGACAUAGACCAGGAUGAGGAAGUGUACAACAAAGAUGAGAACAAUAAAGAAGUACACUGGGAGGAUGAUGAUCAAGUAAAUGAGAAAGACAAAAAUAAUGAAAAGGACAAAAAAGGGGAAGAUGAGGAUGAAGAGGCAGAGGAAAUAGAUGAAGACGAGCAUGAAGAAGUAUACGAGGAGGAGCCUUGCAAAGAAGGUGAUGAACGACAGAAGAUGAUGGUCAAAACAGAGGAGGACAAGGAGCAUAAGAGAAUUUCUGAGAAAGGGGAGGACAACAGAGUAGAAGAAGUAAAGAAACAAAUCAAACACAAACCUGCCGUCCCACUCCAUCUGCAGUUCCAUAAACUCUUCACUUCCUUCUCCUCCUGGAAACAGUCAUGGAUGGUGGCGGUAGCUCACAGAGUAGGAGAUGAAGAUGAAAAUGAAGAUGAAAUGGAGGAGGAGGGGGAACAGGGGGAGAAAGAGGAGUGGCGAGCUUGGAAAGAUUCUUGGAGAAUUUGUCGCUGGAAGAAGCCAGAUGAGGAUGAGGUGGUGUGUUUCUCCACCAAGCAUGGGAGUCAGAGAUGUAGGGGACUGAUGCAUGAAAAGCAAGAUCUCGAGCAGCAGUUCAUGAUGGAGGUGGACACAUCAGAUUCAGGAGUUGGUGCUGUUCUCUCCCAGCGCCUGUGA